UUGUUUUUAAUAAAUUAGAUGGUAAAUACUGUACCUUGACUACUGAAAAUGUUAAGAUUUCACUAGUCAAAAAUGAUUGAAUCUAUGACAAGCUAAUAAUAGUAAUAAUUCAGAAUUUUAUAUUCAUUCAGUACAACUAUACACCAUGAAGGACGAAGAUUACAUUGUCAAACUAAAUGAUCUAGAAACAACGAUAACAGGUCUGAAGUCACAGAAAUUGAGGAUCGAAACUAAAAUCCAAAAACUGUCCGCAGAAAAAGAACAGUUACAAAACGAAUACAAUUUGGCGAAAGUAAGAAAACGACCUGAUACUAGCGUGUGGGUGGACACAAAAUUUGAGUGGUCCAAAGAAAUAAUGAGACUCCUUACGCAGAAAUUUCAAUUCAAGGAAUUUAGAUCUAGACAACUUGCUGCUAUAAACGCUACCUUAUCCAAGAAGGACGUCUUACUGUUGAUGCCUACAGGUGGUGGAAAAAGCCUUGUCUACCAACUACCAGCAUUAAUUGACAAACACUUAACAUUGGUUAUUUCCCCACUGAUAUCCCUGAUAGAAGACCAGUUAAUAGCUUUAAAGAAAUUAGGUAUCGGAGCUGCCACUGUGAACGCAAGCUCGAGUAAAGAGGACAAAAAGUUUGUCCAUCAUGAAAUGUUAAACGAACAUACCAAAGUUAAUUUAUUAUACGUUACGCCGGAAUGGGUUGCCAAAAGUAAGUUGUUCAUGACCUACUUGCAAAAAUGUUUCGACAAGAGGUACUUGAAACGUAUAGUAAUAGAUGAGGUACACUGCUGUUCCACAUGGGGCCACGAUUUUCGUCCGGAAUACAAUCAUUUAGGUUUUUUCAAGUCGAUGUUUCCCGGGGUCCCCAUUCUUGGUUUAACGGCUACAGCUACGAUGAAGGUCCUAGUCGACAUUCAAAACAUGUUAAGCCUUCAUGAUUCUCUAAUAAUAACUGCCCCAUUCAACAGACCCAAUUUAUUUUACAAGAUCGUUAACAAGCCACCGGAAAAGACUGAAUGUUUGGAUUUUUUAGAAAGACUUCUCAAACACAAACACAAAGACCAAUCUGGCAUCAUUUACACGUCGACGAUUAAAGAAUGUGAAGAAUUGGCGGAAGGAUUGAGCACGAGAGAUCUGAGAGUGAAAUAUUAUCACGCGCAGUUAGACCCGCAGUCUAAAAAAAUCAUACAUGAAAGAUGGUUAAAAAAUAAGUACCAAGCUGUAGUGGCCACUAUCGCUUUUGGAAUGGGGAUAGAUAAGCCAGACGUUCGAUAUGUAAUUCAUCAUGCUAUACCAAAAAGCAUGGAAGGCCUCUAUCAAGAAAGCGGCAGAGCCGGUAGGGAUGGAAAAAACUCGGACUGCAUUCUAAUGUUCAAUUUGUCGGACUUUCUGAGGAACGUUAGCAUGGCCUCGUCAAAAACAGAAGAAAAAAAUGCAAAAUCUAUUUUGGGGUACUGCCUGGAUCAGAGUAGAUGUCGAAGAGCCUUGAUAGCCGAGUUCUUUGAAGACAAGUGGGAACCAACAGACUGCACCAAAAUGUGUGACCACUGCAGGAACCCUAAGGAAGUCUCCUAUUAUGAUAUUAAUCCAGCUCUUAAAGACAUCGUCCAAUUGAUUGAAGCGGCCAGCCAGAAGGAAGUCAAAUUGACCCUGAACAAACUGAUAACAGCAUGGUUCCAGUCGGGAACUAAAGAACUAAGAAUUCCUUCAAUAAAGAAACCAAGUUGUACAAAGGAAGAAGCUGAGCACAUGAUUGGAUUUCUACUUCAUAAAGGUCACUUGAACAUAGACAAAGGUUACACGAUGUACACUACGGUGGCUUACAUACAGAAAGGAGACAUUCCAGAAAACACUCAAGUGAUGAUGCCUUAUAGGUCUCACUUAAGUUACGAAAAGGUUACGGUGAAGCUUGAAAGAAAUGUGGAUUGUGGAAAUGUUACAGUGAAAUCUGAUUCGGGCGCAGAUGUAGAGGAGAUAGUUACAAAAAAAAUUAAACUCGAACACACUGAUUAGUUCUAAAAUUUAAAAACAGUUCAUGUGUUCGUGUGUUUCAAAAAAAUCUCGAUCGAACUCUUCCACAGUUCACAAAUAUAGGUUUCUUGUGUUAUUUUAUAUUCUCGUCAUUGUUCAUUUCAAAAACGUGCAGUAUCAAAACAAAACUCCUGUGAUGUUAAUAUUUAUUACUAAAUGUAGCAGUUGAUAUUUACGAAGCCGUAGAAGGGCCAUGUCUAAUUUUUUUUUUAAUUCAGAGUUUAAACUCUGAAUUCAGACUUUGAACUCUGAAUUCAGACUUUAAACUUUGAAUUCAGACUAAAUUUUGAAUUCAGACUUUAAACUUUGAAUUCAAACUUUUAACUCUAAAUUUAGACUUUAAACUUUGAAUUCAGACUUUAAACUCUUGAUUCAGACUUUAAACUUUGAAUUCAGACUUAAACUUUGAAUUUAGACUUUAAAUUUUGAAUUCAGACUUUAAACUUUGAAUUCAGACUUUAAUCUCUGAAUUAUUCAGUUUCGUUCCAAUGAAAAUUCCUCUAAAAUUUUUCUAAGGGAUCCUGGAAGGUGCUGAAUUUAAAAAAUUUUAAUUUUCAGUUAAAACCUAGAUAUCACUCGAGGAAUAAAUUCAUUUUUAGGUAAAGUGUAUUAUACUUCUUCGGGAUCAUUAACACUAUGCGACAUGGCAUUAGAGGCGCCCUUGACCAGCUUACAAUUACCUGUUUCUAACUUUUGGGCCCUUAAUAUUUAUACUUAUAUCCUUUUGCUGCUCAAUUGAGAGUUAAACUCCGAAUUCAGAGUUUAAAGUGUGAAUUCGUUGUUUAGUCUGAAUUAAAAAAAAAUUUUAGACAUGGCCCUUUUAUGGCUUCGUAGAUAUUAGUAUCUAAGUUAUAAAAAAAAAUAAUUAAUAUAAAUUUGUUAAGACAAAAGUCACGCAAUCAGCAUCUUGUCGAUAUAAAAAUUUCAAAACCUAAACACUUUUUGGUAUGAUUCUAAAAAAAAAGCUAAAUUUAAUUUUACCAGAUCUUCCCGAAGCCCCCCGAUCUCGUGAGGCCCAGAACUACAACCCCCGUAGCCCCCCCUUAAUCCAGUCCUGUGUAGGUCAAUUAUAUGGAGCAGGCAUUGCCGUUUGAAGUAUGCUAAAUGUCAACAAAAACUUUAAAAGGGUUUUUUCGAGAAACCACAAUUUUUUAACUGGCCGGAAAAAUAAUCAAAAAGUUCUGAAUGCAUCAGCUUGAAAUUUUGUGCAGAGCUUCAUAACAACAUAAUUCGGUGAACAUCGUAGAAGUUUUUCGAUUGAUUAAUUUUCAUUGUUAACAAUUUAAUGCAAAAUUUGUUGUUUUUUGCAAUACUUUUUUUUAAU